AUGCAUUGUAUCGAAAUUGAUUAUCGAUGCGUAUCGAAAAUAUUAGCGAAUUGUUUAGAGGAAUCAACAACGAAAAGAUUUGAUACAUGCCGAGAAUAUCAUAUCAGCGAAUCAACAAAUCAACAAAUCAAACCAAUCGUAAAUCAUUCAUGCAAAUAUAAUUCAACACAAUUUUAUAAAGCUGCAUUAAAUUAUAAAAAUUCUGGAAUAUUAUUCAUUCGUAAGGAUAGAACUCGAAUAUUGAAUCAUUGGAAAAAAUCCAUGAAAUUAUAUACGAAUCGAUUUAGUACAAAACUCGAUACUCUUUCAUUAAUUUUAAAUAUUUUAUCGAAAUUUUCUCGUCGUUCAUCUAUUUCACCAAAAUUUUCAUCGGAUUUUACUGAUUUAUAUCAAUUAAAUCAAAUUUUAUCGAUGCAAAAUCGUGCUAAAGAAGCGUUGGAUUUAAUGAAAGAAAUGCAACGAAUAGAAUCAUUUAGGCAAAAAGGAAAAAAUUUCAAUGUUACUUUAAUAAGAAAUCGUAAAUGUCAAAUGAAUAAUCGUACAGAAAUCUUGAAAUGUGUUGAACAAUUUCAUAAUAUGACUUGUACGAUUGGUGAAAGCGGUGCUGGCAGAGACCAACGAUUUGACGAAUGUCCACAUUUGUUGGAAAUGAUGAAAGUUUGCUGGCAAUAUGAGCUCAAUAAUGAUAAUAAUAUUGAAAAUUAUAACUUCAUAAAUUGUGAAUUAAUUGAUUUGAUAUUAUCAAAGGACGACAAUUUAUUAGAUGAUGAAAGCGAUGAUAACACGGUUACCGUAGAAACAAAUAGCAAAAUUUAUAUAAUUUAUAAAAAUUAUUCAACUCAUUCAAACGAGAGAAAAGAAAUGAGAAGUGAUCAGAAAAACGAAGAAAAUUUUCAUAAAUCUGACAAUAAAAUAUUGGGUAAAAAUGAAAAAAGAGCGAAAAUUUUUGCAGGGCAACGAUAUCACAUGGAUUGUAACUUAGAAGAAGACAACUUCGAUAUUAAUAAAUGUUUAGAAUGGGCCUUGGCUGGUUAUUGUGUUACAGAUAAAGCAACAAAAUUUUUGUGGUGCAGAAAGACGUGCUUAUGUGAUGGUCCACCGAUAUUCUAA